AUGGAAACGGAGUUGGAUCUUGACAACUAUCUCCAAUGCUUCACCGAUCUUGAUGUUCCAGUAGACAACGUGGAUUUUGAUGAUGCCGAACUCCAAAAAGUCAACAUCCUCUACGAUGGAGAGCGACCUUACGAACCACCUGUGCUGAAUGAGUAUGAACGUCAUGUAGCGUAUGGUCCAGGAUUUCGGAACGCUGAAGACUUUGAUCCGGAUGAAUACAAAAUGAAUUGCGAGUUGAAGGCUGAAGCAGAGGCAGCAGCAGAAAGAGAACGUCGAAUCAUUAAAAGACCAUCAUACAACAAGUACAAGGAUUACAGUCCGGACACAAGCGAUUUGAGCGACGAUGACAAUGACUAUUAUUACAAUCCAAACAGCAAAAAUCGAGCAGGAGACGGAUUAGCAAACUUCAAACCCCAAACGAAAGCCCGAAAGUACAAUCUGAAAGCAGCCGAUGAAAAAGCACAGCCAACAUACAAACUGAAAAGAGCCAGAAACAACGACGCUGUCCGCAAGAGCAGAAAUAAGGCUAAGGAACUUCAGAAAAAACGAGAAGAUGAGCAUGAUAAGAUGAAAAAGAGAAUCGCUGAAUUGGAAGGACUUCUUGCAUCCGAACGGGAAGCUCGCAAACGUUCGGAAGAUCUUCUGGAGACUUUUCUCAGAAAUAAAGCUCCAAAGGAACAAAAAGUUAGUGGACGCUUGAUUUUGGAAACACCAUCCAACUACAAUCGACAACAUUAA